GCGUGCUUUGAACGAUGUUGAAGACGGGCAUACCUCGUGUGACAGAAACUUGUGUGAUGUAGCAAGCAUAAUGGUUGCAGCGGAUUUCAUCAGCUCACUCUUGCGAGACUCUCUGCCCGGCCGAACAUGUUUCGGCUCCAAUUGACUCCAUAACGUGAUUACGGCCUUGCAUUCUGAAUUCUUACUACCGACCAUAGUCAAGAAAGAUCCCGUACUUCUCCAUACGGUGUCUGCUCUUGAUAUAAUCGUUAGCAGAAGGGUUAUCCACUUAUCAUGAAACUAUCACCGGCUUCGGGGACUACGAGCCGUGAACUACAAAAUCUGUCAUCUGGGGUUCUGCUUUUUCCACCACUAUCAACUAUACCUAUAUAUCCACGCUAUACUAAAGAUGGAGAGCGACAUUGGUUUCCAGGCUGCUCUUGAAGAGGCCAGAAAGGGUGCCGCUGAAGGUGGCGUACCGAUCGGUGCUUGUCUCGUUUCGGCAGAUGGCAAAAUCCUGGGCCGUGGGCACAACCUGAGAAUGCAAAAGGGCUCACCCACAAUUCACGCAGAGAUUGGUGCUCUUGAGAACGCUGGCCGUCUUCCAGCUUCUGCCUACCAAGGCGCCACUAUGUACACUACCCUUUCACCCUGCGACAUGUGCACCGGGGCCUGUAUUUUGUACAAAGUCAAGCGUGUUGUUCUCGGCGAGAACAAGACCUUCGUUGGUGGCGAAGAUUACCUCAAGCAGAGAGGCAUCGAGGUAGUCAACGUCAAUUCUGCCGAAUGUGAAGAUUUGAUGAAGAAGUUUAUCAAUGAGCAUCCCGAGGAAUGGAACGAGGACAUUGGCGAGGAGUAG